GGUUGUUUUACCAAUUCAAGGUCAGAACAAGACUAAUGAAUAAAUGAAGAUUUUGUCCAUGGUAGCUAAGGAAAAUUCAGCGCCGUCUCUUCUCAUUGGUUUACCUUAUCACCAAUGACACGCAUUACGCGGAUUUCCUGCGAAGGCCUUCGGCAGGAAGUUCCUGCAGUGGAAACCUAAGCAGGACACCGUGAUGUUUUGAGAAGUUUCUGCGGUGGAAACCUAAGUGGGGCCACCGUGAUGUUCUGAGAAAUCCAUUCCGUCCAUUUGUUUUUUGAGUUCAUUUUAGGAUGUGUAACUAAAAAAAGAUCAAGUGGACAACACCACAAGAAAUAGAAGAAAUUGAUACUACUGUUGAAAGUUCCUUAGAGCUACAGAAGGUUUUGAUGAAGCUAAUAUUAGUUGAAAUCCGGUCACAAGGUAUGAACAAUAGGUAUGAAUCACAGUUCAAAUAUUUCUUGAUCUAUUCCAUAUAUUCCAUGCUACCUUCAUCCAGGUAUUCGUGACUUUAUGAACAGAAUUACAUGGCAAAUAAGCCUAAUAGUUAGCUCUAAAAAGUUUUCACUGGCAGUUUUGUUUAAUCCUCCCUUAUUUUCAGCUCAUGCUAUAUAUUGACCUGGAAAAAUUGAUGGACAGUGUGAAUCUAACGUAUAAACCAUGAUGGGUUCAUGAGUAGUUACACACAAUAAAAGUUAAAUGGUCUGUUACGCAAACUAUUGGGAGAGAGAAAAUAGAUACGUUUUGUGAUUGAUGUGAUGGGAGAAGAGAGGUGUGCUCCGCAUUCAUAAAUAAAUAAGACUCCGACAAUAACAUUAACUAAUUAAAAUACCCAUUUGGGGCUUUGACUUAGUAUCCAAGCUGUUGGUCUGACAACAUGUACAAUUGAUGUGUCUGACUUGUUAAUUACCAAGAUUGGAAGAUCACAACCCUUCAACCAAUGUCCCAGUAUUGAGCGAUUGAUGUAUGGCCUAUUUAUAGCCACAAUCUCCCACCUCCUCUCCACAGAUUCAUUUUGAGAGAGAGAGAGAGAGAGAGAUGGGUUUUUAUCUGUUACUUCAGCUCUACUUGCUAGUAGCAACAGUAGAAGCAUUAUCAUCACAACCUCCAGUAACAACGAAGCCCGGCUGCCCCAACAAAUGCGGAAAUAUUAGUAUUCCCUACCCGUUUGGCAUUGGCGAUAGCUGCAAUAUUGGUGGAGGAAGCUUCAAUAUCUCCUGCAACACCACUUUUCAACCUCCAAAACCAUACAUGGGCGAGCUUGAGGUUCUCAACACAACAUUAAUCUCAGGCCUAAUGAGAAUCUUGAACUAUAUAGGCUACCGGUGCUACACCAACACAGGAAAGUUAGACCUCGUCUGGAAGAAUUGGAUGAACUUAGACGAAAGUCAGCCGUUCACGUUCUCAGAAACCCAUAACAAAUUGACAGCCAUCGGCUGCGAUACCAUCGCCUCCAUCACCGGCUUCUGGGGCCGUGAUUUCAAGAGUGGUUGUAUGUCAUUUUGCAAUGACAGAAACAGCGUCAUCAAUGGCUCCUGCUCUGGGAUUGGAUGUUGCCAAACAGCUAUCCCAAAUGCUUUCAAGAGUUUUGAAGUGACUCUUGAUAGUGUCUCUAACCAUAAAAAUGUUUCCAGUUUCAAUCCAUGUAGCUAUGCAUUUCUGGUGGAGAAAGAUGCAUUUAGCUUCAAUGAAUCGGAUCUGAUCGGUUUUAACUUCUUGGAUAGAAGUGAAUCCAUUCCAGUGGUGCUUGACUGGGCUAUUUCAAAUGAAACAUGCGAGAUGGCACGGAAGGACUUGGCCAGCUUCGCUUGCGUGAGUGAGAAUAGCACCUGUUAUGAAUCGACUGACGGUUACCGGUGCAAUUGUUCUGAAGGUUAUGAGGGGAAUCCUUAUCUCAUUGGAGGGUGCCAAGAUAUCGAUGAGUGCAAGGAGAAUUAUGUGAAGAAGCUUUGUCAACAGAAUUGCAUAAAUUUGCCAGGGAAUUAUUCUUGUUCGUGUUGGAAGGGCUACCAUGGACUCUACGAUGAUCAAAGAGAAUGCAUUAAAGACACACAUAAAUUUCCAGCCAUCGCUGUUGUUUUAGGUAAUCCCUCAAUUCCAAUUAGCAUAAUAGUUCAAGAACCCGUUGGACGACUAGAAACCUGGUCCACUCAACUCGGCAUAAAUUAAUAUAGAUAGACUCAACGAGAUAGUACAUUAUUGGGUUCUAUCUCAAAUUUUUAGUUUGUUCUUCUCUUGAG